AUGGCUGCUAGGGUUUCCACCGUUUCCAACGCUGUGGGAGAUGCUGGCGGCCCGUCCCCGGAGGAGGCUGAUCUUCUCCGCCGGAGUACCUUCAAAGCGAAGCGCUCUGGCCCAGUAAACACACAGCCAAUAAUAGCAAGGAAACCUAUCUCCUAUCGUGAUAUCUGUUCUGGAAUCAAUGGGCGAUGUGCUGAUCUGGAUGAGGAGGAACCGCUGGAUUUUGCUGGCUCUGACAUGGAGGAGGAAGAAGACGAGGAGGGCACGGAACCUGGGAAUGAGACUAGGGAGUUUGACCCGUUAUGCCCAGUCAUUACUGUCACUAAACAGGAGGUGCGGGAGGCGCGAAGGCCUUGGAAGUUGGCUGUCAUUGUCAAGCUCCUAGGAAAGACGGUGGGGUUCAGCUUCAUGAGGGCAAAGCUAGUGCACCUUUGGCAACCAACUGGACAUUUGGAAGUUAUUGAUCUAAACCAUGGUUAUUUUGUGGUACGGCUGAGUAAUUCUAUGGACUUUCAGCAUGUUUUUGAUGGAGGACCAUGGAUUAUUAUGGGUCAUUAUUUAGUGGUCCAGCAAUGGAAACCAGAAUUCAUUCCCGCCGAUGAUGACCUCGGAAAGGUGGCAGUUUGGGUCCGCAUACCGGACUUUCCUGUGGAAUAUUAUGGCAAGACCUUCCUUUGGAGGAUUGGCGAGUCGUUGGGGAGAAUGGUAAAGAUUGAUGUGCACUCGUUGACGAGUGAUCAAGAAGGCGGGCUUUUGCAAGGAGGUACAGGGCGAGGGAGCUUUGCAUGGAUUUGUGUGGAGGUGGAUCUCCGGGCUUUGCAUGAAUUUGAAUUUCAUGAUGUUACAUACAAAGUGGAGUAUGAGGGAUUAAAUCAAAUUUGCUUCCAUUGUGGGAGGUUUGGCCAUCGCCUAGAGAUUUGUCCCUUGGUGAUUACUCCCUCUGGGGAAGGCAGCUCUCAAUCUGCAGCCAAUCUAAAGAAGACGCCGGUACCGGAGGAAAGUCAACCAUUUGGUGAAUGGAUGAUCGCCAAGCGGCCAACAAGGAGGGUGCAGCGACCGGCGGCGGCCAAAGGUGGGCAGUUCCGCUAUGCUUCGAAGCCAAACGAGACUUCCGGCUCGCGGUUUAAUGCGCUUGUCAAUGUGGAGGAAAACCAGGAAAUAAUUGUUGCUGAUGCCAUAAUGGGAGAAGAAAGGGCCCACAAGGAUUCUGAGGAUUUGACUGUGAACGGAAUGCUAGGAGAUUCUGGCAAUAACGCGCAAAUCGAAGGGGUUAAUAAGGAAUUACUGCCUCAGGUAACGGUUUCUAUUGAUGAAGGGAUUAUUCCUUAUGGAGAUAAUGUCGGAAACAGCCUUAAUGAGCCAAUCAUUGUUGUUGCCCCACUAGCUGGUAGCACCCAAGCAAGAAGUACUCCAGGGGAAGUGCGACAGCAAAACGAAGGUGGGUUGACUAACCAUAAAAGGAGUGGACCCAACACUGAUGGCCCACAGAAUGUUCACAAUCUGAAGGUUAUGGCACGUGAUAAGGCUAAUAAUGCACGUGGAGAUGGCAAAAGCUUCACAAUUCUCAAGAAGGGCACAGCCACCCUGGCAGCUGUGCUGGAGGACCCAAUUUUUGGGGGGAAAGUAGAUGUGAUGACGAAAUUGAGCGUGGCAGGAGAUACUGUGAGAGGAAAACUUGGGAGUGUAAAAGCCCCAGGGGUUACACAUGACCUUGGUAGACCUCCUGACACUCCCUUGCGGCAGAGCGAGGGACCCUCUAACGAGAAACAGGAUGCAGUAGAGGCCCCGGUGUGUAGGGAAAGGGAAAGAAGUCUAUCCCCUGGUUCGUCCACAAGGAUUGUCUGA